AUGAGCUCUGAUGCAGAAAUGGCCAUUUUUGGAGAGGCAGCUCCUUACCUGCGGAAGCCAGAGAAGGAGAGAAUAGAGGCACAAAAUCGCCCAUUUGAUUCUAAGAAAGCCUGCUUUGCAGUGGAUGAUAAGGAAAUGUACGUGAAAGGUAUAAUCCAGAGCAGGGAAAAUGAAAAAGUCACAGUCAAGACCCUGGAUGACCGGACACUCACUCUCAACAGUGACCAGGUGUUCCCCAUGAACCCUCCCAAAUUUGACAAGAUCGAGGACAUGGCCAUGAUGACCCACCUGCACGAGCCUGGAGUGCUGUACAACCUCAAAGAGCGUUACGCAGCCUGGAUGAUCUACACCUACUCGGGCCUUUUCUGCGUCACCGUGAACCCCUACAAGUGGUUGCCAGUGUACAACCCCGAGGUGGUGGCCGCCUACCGAGGCAAGAAGCGCCAGGAGGCCCCGCCCCACAUCUUCUCCAUCUCCGACAACGCCUAUCAGUUCAUGCUGACGGAUCGAGACGAUCAGUCCAUCCUCAUCACCGGAGAAUCCGGGGCGGGGAAGAUGGUGAACACCAAGCGUGUCAUCCAGUACUUUGCGACAAUUGCGGUUACUGGGGACAAAAAGAAGGAGCCGCAGCCAGGCAAGAUGCAGGGGACUCUGGAAGAUCAAAUCAUCCAGGCCAACCCCCUGCUUGAGGCCUUUGGAAACGCCAAGACCGUGAGGAAUGACAACUCCUCAAGAUUUGGGAAGUUCAUUUGGAUUCAUUUUGGAGCCACAGGAAAGCUGGCCUCAGCGGACAUUGAAACCUAUCUCUUAGAAAAAUCCAGAGUGACGUUUCAGUUAUCCAGUGAGAGAAGCUAUCACAUUUUUUACCAAAUCUUGUCAAACGAGAAGCCAGAACUCAUUGACUUGCUCCUCAUUUCAACCAAUCCCUUUGACUUCCCCUUCAUGAGCCAGGGAGAGGUCACCGUGGCGAGCAUUAAUGACAGCGAAGAACUGCUAGUGACUGAUAAUGCCAUUGACAUCCUGGGCUUCAGCUCAGAGGAGAAAGUCGGGCUCUACAAGCUCACGGGGGCCGUGAUGCAUUACAGGAACAUGAAGUUCAAGCAGAAGCAGCGGGAGGAGCAGGCUGAGCCCGAUGGCACCGAAGUGGCUGACAAAGCUGGCUACCUGAUGGGUCUGAACUCUGCAGAAAUGCUGAAAGGCCUGUGUUGUCCGAGGGUGAAGGUUGGGAACGAGUAUGUCACCAAAGGCCAGAGCGUCCAGCAGGUGACCAAUUCGGUGGGUGCUCUGGCCAAGGCCAUCUAUGAGAAGAUGUUCCUGUGGAUGGUCAUCCGCAUCAACCAGCAGCUGGACACCAAGCAACCCAGGCAGUAUUUCAUCGGGGUCUUGGACAUCGCCGGCUUUGAGAUCUUUGACUUCAACAGCCUGGAGCAGCUGUGCAUCAACUUCACCAACGAGAAGCUGCAACAGUUCUUCAACCACCACAUGUUCGUGCUGGAGCAGGAGGAGUACAAGAAGGAGGGCAUCGAGUGGGAGUUCAUCGACUUCAGCAUGGACCUGGCUGCCUGCAUCGAGCUCAUUGAGAAGCCCAUGGGCAUCUUCUCUAUCCUGGAAGAGGAGUGCAUGUUCCCCAAGGCCACAGACACCUCCUUCAAGAACAAGCUCUAUGAGCAGCACCUUGGGAAGUCCAACAACUUCCAGAAGCCCAAGCCUGCCAAAGGCAAGGCCGAGGCGCACUUCUCUCUGGUCCACUACGCCGGCACCGUGGACUACAACAUCGCCGGCUGGCUGGACAAGAACAAGGACCCCCUGAAUGAGACCGUGGUCGGGCUGUACCAGAAGUCUUCCCUAAAGCUGCUGUCCUUCCUUUUUUCCAACUACGCUGGUGCAGAAGCAGGUGACUCCAGAGUAAGCAAGAAAGGUGGGAAGAAGAAAGGCUCCUCUUUCCAGACCGUGUCGGCGGUGUUCCGGGAAAAUUUAAACAAGCUGAUGACCAGUUUAAGGAGCACUCACCCUCACUUUGUGCGAUGCCUGAUUCCCAAUGAGACCAAGACUCCCGGCGUGAUGGACCACUACUUGGUCAUGCACCAACUACACUGUAACGGGGUCCUCGAGGGCAUCCGGAUUUGCAGGAAAGGGUUCCCCAGCCGGAUCCUCUAUGCUGACUUCAAACAGAGGUACCGGAUCCUCAACGCCAGUGCCAUCCCCGAAGGACAGUUUAUUGACAGCAAAAAUGCUUCUGAGAAGCUUCUGAGCUCCAUCGACGUGGACUGGGAGCAGUAUAGGCUUGGCCACACCAAGAUGUUUUUCAAAGCUGGACUUCUUGGACUCCUGGAGAAAAUGAGGGACGAGAAGCUGGUGACCCUGAUGACGUGCAUGCAAGCCAUCUGCAGGGGGUACCUGAUGCGGGGGGAGUUCAAGAAGAUGAUGGAGAGCAGGGACUCCAUCUUCUGCAUCCAGUACAACAUCCGCGCCUUCAUGAACGUCAAGCACUGGCCCUGGAUGAGCCUGUUCUUCAGGAUCAAGCCGCUCCUCAAGAGCGCGGAGGCGGAGCGAGAGAUGGCCACCAUGAAGGAAGACUUCGAGAGGGCCAAGGAAGAGCUGGCCAGAUCUGAGGCUCGCCGGAAGGAGCUGGAGGAGAAGAUGGUGUCCCUGCUGCAGGAAAAGAAUGACCUCCAGCUGCAGGUCCAGUCUGAAACAGAAAACCUGAUGGAUGCAGAGGAGCGCUGUGAAGGGCUCAUCAAAAGCAAGAUCCUACUAGAAGCCAAAGUCAAGGAGCUGAAUGAGAGACUAGAAGAGGAAGAAGAGGUGAACUCUGACCUCAUGGCAAAGAAGAGGAGCCUGGAAGAUAAAUGCUCAUCUCUCAAAAGGGACAUCGACGACCUGGAGCUGACCCUGACGAAAGUGGAAAAGGAGAAGCACGCCAUCGAGAACAAGGUAAAGAAUCUUUCUGAAGAAAUGACAGCCCUCGAGGAAAACAUUUCCAAACUGACCAAGGAGAAGUCUCUGCAGGAAGCCCAUCAGCAAACACUGGAUGAUCUUCAGGUGGAAGAAGAUAAAGUCAGCAGUCUAAUGAAAAUAAAUGUCAAGCUGGAACAGCAAACACAUGACCUUCAGGGCUCCUUGGAGCAGGAGAAGAAACUGCGGGCAGACCUGGAGAGAGUAAAGAGGAAGCUGGAAGGGGACCUGAAAAUGUCCCAGGAAUCCAUUAUGGAUCUAGAAAAUGACAAGCAGCAAGUGGAGGAGAAAUUGAAGAAGGAGCUUGAAAUCAGGCAGUUACAAACCAAAAUUGAUGAGGAACAAGGGCACAGUUUACAAUUACAAAAGAAGAUCAAAGAACUGCAGGCCCACACAGAAGAGCUGGAGGAGGAAAUCAAGGCAGAGUGGUCCUCCCGGGCCAAAGCAGACAAGCAGCGCUCUGAUAUCUCCUGGGAACUGGAAGAGAUCAGCGAGCGCCUAGAAGAAGCCAGUGGGGCCACCUCCACCCAGAUCGAGAUGAACAAGAAGCACAAGGCCGAGUUCCAGAAACUUUGCCGGGACCUGGAGGAGGCCACCCUGCAGCACGAAGCCACCACAGCUGCUCUUCGAAAGAAGCACGCGGACAGCGUAGCCGAGCUCGGGGAGCAGAUAGACAACCUGCAGAAGGUCAAGCAGAAGCUGGAGAGGGAGAAGAGCGAGCUGAAGAUGGAGAUCGAUGACCUCGCCAGCAACAUUGAAACUGUCUCCAAGUCGAAGGUACCUGAGCCCCUGCUCUUAGAAAUGGGAGACCAAUGUAAUGAGAUCAAAGCCAAGGAUGACCAACAGACACAGUUAAUCCAUGAUCUGAACAUGUGGAAGGCAAGACUGCAGACCCAAAAUGGGGAGCUGAGCCACCAACUGGAGGAGAAGGAGUCUCUGAUUUCACAGCUAACCCAAGGCAAGCAGGCCCUCACCCAGCAGCUGGAGGAGCUUAAGAGGCAACUGGAAGAAGAAACCAAGGCCAAGAACGCCCUGGCCCACGCCCUGCAGUCCUCCCGCCGCGACUGUGACCUGCUGCGGGAGCAGUAUGAGGAGGAGCAGGAAUCCAAGGCCGAGCUGCAGAGGGCGCUGUCCAAGGCCAACAGCAAGGUGGCCCAGUGGAGGACCAAAUACGAGACGGACGCCAUCCAGCGCACGGAGGAGCUGGAGGAGGCCAAGAAAAAACUGGCCCAGAGGCUCCAGGAAGCAGAAGAAAACACAGAGGCAGUGAGCUCCAAGUGUGCCUCCUUGGAGAAAACCAAGCAGAGUCUCCAGGGGGAAGUAGAUGAGCUGAUGCUGGACUUGGAACGCACCAACACGGCCCGUGCCAUCCUGGACAGGAAGCAGAGGGACUCUGAUAAGGUCCUUGCAGAGUGGAAGCAAAAGCUGGAUGAGAGUCAGGCUGAGUUGGAAGCUGCUCAGAAAGGAUCCAGGUUGCUUAGUCCUGAAAUCUUCAAGAUGCAGAACGCCUAUGAGGAGGUGGUGGACCAGCUGGAGACGCUGAGGCGGGAGAAUAAAAAUCUGCAAGAAGAGAUCUCCGACUUAACCGAGCAGAUUGCAGAAACUGGCAAGAACCUUCAGGAAGUGGAAAAGACCAAGAAGCAGGUGGAGCAGGAAAAGUCAGACCUCCAGGUUGCCCUAGAAGAGGUGGAGGGUUCCUUGGAACAUGAAGAGAGCAAGAUAUUGUGCGUCCAGCUGGAGUUGAGCCAGGUGAAAUCCGAGCUGGACCGCAGGGUCACUGAGAAGGAUGAAGAAAUCAAUCAGCUGAAAAGAAAUAGCCAGCGGGCAACAGAGGCCCUGCAGAGCAUGCUGGAUGCUGAGAUCCAGAGCCGGAAGGAUGCCCCGAGGCUGAAGAAGAAGAUGGAGGGAGACCUCAACGAGAUGGAGAUCCACCUGGGCCAUUCCAGCUGCCAGGUGGCGGAGACCCAGAAACACCUGCGCACCGUGCAGGGCCAGCUCAAGGACUCCCAGCUGCACCUGGAUGACGCCCUGAGGAGCAACGAGGACCUCAAGGAGCAGCUAGCCAUCGUGGAGCGCAGGAAUGGGCUCUUGCUGGAGGAAUUGGAGGAGAUGAAGGUGGCCUUGGAGCAGACGGAGUGGACCCGCGGGCUGUCGGAGCAGGAACUGUUGGACGCCAGUGACCGCAUGCAGUUCCUCCACGCCCAGAACACAAGCCUGAUAAAUACCAAGAAAAAAUUGGAAGCGGACAUAGCCCAGUGCCAGGCAGAGGUCGAGAACUCCAUCCAGGAGUCCAGAAACGCGGAGGAGAAGGCCAAGAAGGCCAUCACAGAUGCAGCCAUGAUGGCCGAGGAGCUGAAGAAGGAGCAGGACACCAGCGCCCACCUGGAGCGCAUGAAGAAGAACCUGGAGCAGACGGUGAAGGACCUGCAGCAUCGUCUGGAUGAGGCUGAGCAGCUGGCCCUGAAGGGCGGGAAGAAGCAAAUCCAGAAGCUGGAGAACCGGGUGCGGGAGUUGGAAAGUGAGCUGGAUGCUGAGCAGAAGAGGGGGGCCGAGGCUCUGAAGGGGGCCCACAAAUAUGAGCGCAAAGUCAAGGAGCUGACGUACCAGGCCGAGGAGGAUCGCAAGAGCAUCCUCAGGCUCCAGGACCUGGUGGACAAGCUGCAGUCCAAAGUGAAGGCUUACAAGAGGCAGGCUGAGGAGGCUGAGGAGCAGGCCAACAUGCAGCUGUCCAAGUGCUGGAGGGUCCAGCACGAGCUGGAGGAGGCGGAGGAGAGAGCGGACAUUGCCGAGUCCCAGGUCAACAAGCUGCGGGCCAAGAGCCGAGAUGUGGGGGGCCAGGUGAGGGCAGACAGCUUCCCCAGAGCACCCAGAGAGAGCACGGAGGGUGUCGCUUGGUGCCUCUUCCCUGCUGCUGGCCAUGCAUUCAACAGACGCCACCCCUUCAGCCAGGCCCCUGCUGGUUCCAGAAUCACGGGGCAAUGA